GAACAAGAUGGGAGUUAUGGCCGUGUUGAUGCUGCCCUUGCUGCUCCUGGGAAUCAGCGGUCUCCUCUUCAUUUACCAAGAGGUGUCCAGGCUGUGGUCAAAAUCAGCUGUGCAGAACAAAGUGGUGGUGAUCACCGAUGCCAUCUCAGGACUGGGCAAGGAGUGUGCGCGGGUGUUCCACACAGGUGGGGCCAGGCUGGUGCUGUGUGGAAAGAACUGGGAGAGACUAGAGAACCUUUAUGAUGCCUUGAUCAGCGUAGCAGACCCCAGCAAGCAGACAUUCACCCCAAAGCUGGUCCUGUUGGACCUCUCAGACAUCAGCUGUGUCCCGGAUGUGGCAAAAGAAGUUCUAGAUUGCUACGGCUGCGUGGACAUCCUCCUCAACAACGCCAGCAUGAAGGUGAAGGGGCCUGCCCAUAAGACUUCUCUGGAGAUGGACAAAAAGAUCAUGGACGCCAAUUACUUUGGGCCCAUCACAUUGACCAAAGCCCUGCUUCCCAACAUGAUCUCACGGAGAACAGGCCAAAUUGUGUUAGUGAAUAACAUCCAAGGGAAGUUUGGAAUCCCAUUCCGUACGGCUUAUGCUGCCUCCAAGCAUGCCGCACUAGGCUUCUUUGACUGUCUCCGAGCUGAAGUGGAGGAAUAUGACGUUGUUGUCAGCACCGUAAGCCCAACCUUUAUCCGGUCAUACCACGUCUAUCCAGAGCAAGGAAACUGGGAAGCCUCUAUCUGGAAAUUCUUUUUCAGGAAGCUGGCCUAUGGCGUGCACCCCGUGGAGGUGGCCGAGGAGGUGAUGCGCACCGUGAGGCGGAAGAAGCAGGAGGUCUUCAUGGCCAACCCCAUUCCCAAGGCCGCCGUGUAUGUCCGCACCUUCUUCCCGGAGUUCUUUUUUGCCGUGGUAGCCUGUGGGGUGAAGGAGAAGCUGAAUGUUCCAGAGGAAGGUUAACAAAUGGGCUACCCUUAUGGGAAUAAAGGUUUUUCUGGCA